AUGCCCACUGUAGCAAGCCGUGCCAGCGAGCGUUCGGGCGCCAGCAGUGAUCGCGCGAUGCAAGCGAUUCCUUCGGCUGGGAGCGAUUUCUUUACCCCUGCCAUAUUACCAUAUACCAUCUUUGACAGCUCACCCUCGUCCACAGGCUACUCGCCUCAGAAUCUUCUGGUCAACAAGCCAUCCGAUCUCUCUUCCCGCUGGUCAGCUGGAGUACCUGUACAAGGCCACUCGGAGGCUACGAAUCUUGUUGGCUCCCGAGAUUCUGCUUUUGUAUUGCUGGAACUGAAGCAAUGGGCAGUCCUAAGUACGUUUGCAUUCGGAAAGGCAAUCAAAGCACAUCCCUGUAACGCUCAAUGGGUCAAGAUAUACGCCGGGCCAACACCGAAGAAUCUGUACGAAGUGGGGGGUUCUCCACUCAGGAAUGACUCGGUAGCGGAAAGCAUUUCGUUACGGAGCAAGGGAGCUGUCUGGCAUGGAGACAUGGAUCGCGAUCCAAGAGAGAUCGAAAAUAGCGAGCUGCCUUUUGCAGUACGCUACGUGAAGAUAUGUCCUGGACCAGCUUAUGAGCCCCGGUUCAAUACAAGCCUCUGGCAUAUCGAAUUGAGGGGGGUAAACGACCAGAGGAAGGUAGAAUCAAUUCGCAGGUCGUGGGAAGAGUCUCAAGCGUUACAAGCAAAUCGGAUCGUCCUCAAAGAAUUGCGGUCCAAACGAUAUGAUACUGCGUUCACAGCUCUGCUUGCGGCGCUGAAUGAGAAUCCAGGAUAUCCGAAACACCCUCUGGAACAUCCAGCCCUAACAUGCCUGUUUCAAGAUCUGGUGCAGAAAGGAGAUUUUGAUGCCAGCGAACGACAUAUCGAGAACAUCAUCGAGCUGGAUUUGGGCGCCAGACAUAUGCGCGGCCUCGACAGUAUACAAAUCACGCCCAUAGAGUUGACAGGCUCAGAGGAACCACCUUGGCGACAAUUCUUCGCUCUGGCCAAUGACGGGAACGAGCUGUAUCUUUUCGGGGGUUUCCGCUACGGCGACAUUCUGGAUGAUCUCUGGCGAGCCGAGCUCGUAGAGGAUACGAUACAAUGGAUACAGAUCUUGAGGGAGAGUCCGGAAGAUCCCUGGCCUCCCUCGGCAAGGGCAGGCGUAAAGCCGUAUAUGGUAGUUGCUGAGGGACACCUUGCAAUGGUGGUGUACCCUGCCGCCUAUGGGGAGCAAAUGCCUGGACGAUGCUUGUCAGAACUAAAGGCGAUACCUGAGGACGGGUCGAAAAGCACGCCAGUCGCCGAUUUCGGAAUGCUUGCACCGGACAUGCUCGAUCUAGUCACCGAUAUCGAAGAAGAGAGAAAAGGUUCGGCAGAAGAGACUACUCUCUGGCUAUAUUCGACGACAAUACGCAAAUGGAAAGCGGUCAACCUGCCGAUGCCUUGUGCUGGGGGCCUCAGACUUCCACGACCAAGAGUUUUCGAUAUGAAGUUUCUCGCCAGUGGUUUCGUCCGGCUCAAGUUCUCCGUUUUGCAUAGGGGAGAUUCGGUUGAAAAGUCAGAGCUAGAGCAAAGUCACGUUUCGAUUCACGAUGACGAUAUCGCGGCGGAAGCGAUUCUUCGCCACAUGAUUGCGGCGGCAGAUAUCUUGCGGACAGGUUAUCCGGAAUACGAUAGCAUGCUGAGGCAUCAUAACGUUCAUUUCGCGCGGGAUCGAGCAACGAACGAUGUGCUGGUUUUCCGCUCCGGCUUUGACUCUGCGAUCACCGUGGAUGUCUUCGAUUGGAACCGGAAGAGACUCCUCCCGGACAGCUUGAAGAGCCUCGAUGUGCGCGGCGUCAGUUUGGACUUCGCGCCAAACGAUUACGGCAAAGACAAGCUGUGGGUACAGCAAGGAUCAGACAGACUACAUCUACACUGCAAGCGAAUCCGUCUAGGAAGAUACGAUACAUUCCGAACGACCGCUUUGCGAGCGUUGCGCCGACAAAGGUUCAUGGAAAUGGUGGGAACAUCGGACACGAUGGAGACCCUAGCUUACCUCAAGGGACCCCUACACGACGUGUCAGGUAGUGACGCUACCGAUAUCAAGCACCUGACCGCCCAGAUCAUCCGAAGUACCGUCUUCGAAGAGACGGAGACAUGGCGAGCGCGUCUUCGGGUGUUUGAGGAGAUCUCGAAUAUCGUUGACCGUCGAUAUACCCAACCUCAGGAGAGUGGUAUCCGAGCUGCUUCUUUCGCCAAACCCGUCAAGGCCGAACAUACGAAAGAGCUGCCCGCAGCUGUUCUCUUACCCCUUGCCCACGAUGCAAACAUGUUUGCUGUUGAGGAAAACCCACUUGUUCGCCUGGGGGGACCCAAUGUAGGAGAGACGACUUUUGUCGGCGCCGGGAGUCGGGCUUCGAGUCGCAUCCGGGCCUCUGACUGA